AUGCGCAUCCAAACCGUUUGCACGGUCAUUAUCGCCCCUCUGGCUCUUGUCCCGAAUGUUUACGCUUCCGCAGUCCCUACCAACCCCCCAGACGUCCCUACCAACUCCCCAGACGUUCCUACCAAGCCUCCAGGUCGUAUCUCAAACACUGCUGCUGGCUUUGUGAAUUUCUUCAAAAAGAAAGCGUCCUCAUCUACUCCACCCCCAGCGGAAUGCGAGUAUACCGUCUACAGGAAUCAGGAGACCGAUGCCCGUCGACGGAAGCAUAGCCAGGAAGGCACUUACAGCUUUUCACACCACGGAAAAGCUGCCAAGAACUCUAAACAGAACAUUUUCGGCGUCAAGGUUCGAUUUGAUCGCGAGUGUCGGCCGCACUAUUCUUCGAAGAACCAAAUAGCAGUCAUACCUGGUAUUCAUAAUGACGAUGUUAUUCAAGUGGACUGGGAAAGGUUUGACUUGCAUAUGAGAUGA